AUGCUUGCCGCCGUGUGGACGUUCCCCACUCCUUUCGGUUAUGUGCUGGUGGUGGGCCCUUUCGUGAUUUUCUUCUCACUAUUCACGGUUUUGGUCGUGGGACCACGAAAGUUGACUCAGUCACCGACGCUCUGCAGGCAGUUCAAGGAUCAGCUCGUCAUCAUCGCCAGCCAGGGAGUUGUGGCCGUAUGCUACCCGAUUUUCAGCGCGAUAUUCAAUCAGCUCUCGGGGAUUCAGCAGACGAUUUUCAUCUUUGUGAUGCCGCUGCUCAAGUUUUGUACUAAACAGAAUAUCGCCAAUGCUGCCAAGGGCUACCACGAAUACGUCGGACCGGUCGUGGUGUUUUCCGUGGACCUGUUCAACGUCUACUACGUCGCUAUCUGCAUGCAAGCGUCCAAGUCGGUCGUCACGACUUUGAUCAUCAUGGCGACGGAUAGUUUCCACGUGCUGCUCUCUCUUCGUGCGAUUUUCCACCACAAAGGAAGUGUCCGACCAUGCCAUGAGUCAUCCAUGGGUCAUUAUCUCCAGGAUGUACCUGCACUGUUGCGAAAAUGGUGUAACGGAGAGGCGUCAUCUACUCAACAUUAUCGACGGAUUCGUUUGUUUGCUCCGGUUCCACUCCCGCUUUCAAAGGACAGCUCAGGGUUUAUGGACGAUCUGUCCAAGUCG